AUGUCCGCCGAUGUCAAGAUCCGCUGGUACGACAUGGAAACGCUCCUCGAUGUCGCCAGCCGUCGGGAUUUCUCAUUGGACGGGUUGGCUAGAGACCAGAGAAUGUCGGUGAGUCGUGCCGGUGAAGAUGAGGCGAUUAUGUAUAUAUUUCGGCUCUUCUGGGACGGAUGUUACACUUUGGAGAGCGGGUCCCAGUAUAGUUCCGCUACACGCGAAAGGCAGACGCCGAAGACACAUACUCUACACGUCGACCGUUCACCUAAAUUCCCAGCCCAGCGAUUGGAAGGCUGA